UUUUUUCCUUCUAAACCAUAGGGGGAUAAUCUGCUCAACAGACACCCUAACAGAAGGUUAGGGUAGUGUAGGUCUGACAGGCCGUCUUCUACAACAAAAGUAAAAUCCAGGACUACUCUCUCCUCGUACCCACUAAACCAUUCCUAUGGUCGCCAAACCCUAAGUCUCUCCGGAACCACCAAGAAGGUAUUGCUUCAGAGAGGGGCUAGUGCACAUCGCACCCACAAGGUUAGCUGCGUAGCCUGCAGCAACGAACAUCGAUGACUCGCUUUGGAGAGUCUAUCACGGUAGCAUGCUGGCGCUUAGCCAGUUUCCCGAGUGGUCCUCGCCACUCCCUUUGUCCUCGGAAGGCGGGCAGGGUCAACCCCGCCCGCGCUCUACUGCUGAGCGGACAUCAAGAACUGAUGCCCACGUGCAACCCGAUCUGACCUGCCCGCAAAGGAAGGGUAUCACUACCCUUCAGGCCCUAUCAGAUGCACCCGUAGGUUGCAGACAGCAGGAUCUCACCUACCCCGACCCUUGCCGGGGACCCCUUUCCAACCGCGGGCUCGGAUCCAACCCAGUAGACCGACGCCACGACAGCACCGCUACCGGGACUUCCUCUCCGCGGCCACUUAAUCGCUGUAAGGGUCGAUCUCGACCGCAGGGCACCGGUAUGACCUACGAAGCCGACUUCGAACCCCUGGACCACCUCUUGUACUGCAUCUGGACUAGCCAUUCUCCGAGUCCACGCGCCACCUCCUCUGUAGCUCCCAGACGAUGUGGGUAAUAGCCGUUGAAACGGCGUUCCAGCCAAACUCAUCCCUACACAUCCUCUGGACCAAGUUGUCCGGGUUUGUGUCCUCCCCGCAUGUGGCAAGCAUACGGUCACGCAUUGUGCGAAAACGCGGGCACACGAACAAAACGUGUUCCGCCGUUUCCUCUAAACCAUUGCACACUGGGCAUUCGGGAGAAUCCGCAUGCCCGAAACGGUGUAGAUACUGUCGGAAGCAACCAUGACCAGGGUCGUGCAAUUUCGAAAGGAAAACAUGACGUACGACGACUGUAGCAAAUCGUUUCCCAUGCGAACGGACUGCUGUGAUGCUUCAUUUUCACCCAGCAACACACUCGUUCGUUGCUGCUACAGAAACAAGUGUGUAUGAAACAUGGGAUGAUACACUUGGAUUUUCGUUUCAUUUAUGAGUCAUUGAAAUACUUCAACAUGCUAAAAAUACUAUUUAAACCACAUUUUUAAAUAGUGGUGCACGCCAAUAGAAUGAUAAUUAUGUUUUAUGAAAGAGGAUAACAAAUUCGACCAUUUAAAUCCAAUUAACCGACGCCCGUAACCAUUGAGAGACUAGCGCGCACCAGUGAGACACUAAUGCUCUGACGGGUGAAGCACAAGCAAUGCGACCGGGUGGGAGACUACCGAGUGCUACGAUGAGUGGAAAAGUUUUUUUUAACGACCGAGUCAUUAGAAAAAUGUAUGAAACACUUGAAGUGACUCAUUCAAAUGUUGCAUGAAAGUGUAUCAUUGAAACGAAAUUGUACGCCCCUGACCAUGACCUGUAAGGACCUGUGUCAGGUGGAAUGUGACUUCCCCAUGGCGCCUAUUAAUCCAACUAUCUACCCUCGGUAUCAACCUAUAGGUCCACCUUCCUUUGGUGUAACUGUCCCACGCGCGCUGCCAUUUGACCAUAGAGGCCAUCCUGACAGUCCUGCGUAUGCCUCUUGUGCCGCGCAUUUCGAAGCACUCCAUGUCCUCACUGAUAAGAAUGCUGAUAGGCACCAUACCAGUAAUGACGCAGAGAGCGUCGUGUGACACGGUACGGUACGCGCUCGCAACCCUCAGGCACAUAAGCCUGUAAGUACUUUCCAGCUUCCGUCGGUAGCAUUUAGUACUUAGCACGGUGCCCCACGCCGGGCCGCCAUACCUAAGUAUGGAUGUAGCAACACUAGCCAGAAGCUUGCGCUUACUGGCGUACACCGCAGAGCUAUUGGGCAUCAUCCGGGACAGUGCCGCAAUAGCUGUGGAGGCUUGUAACUGAGCAAGGGCCGUGUUACUCCCAGCAAGGAUGAAACCCCCGUCUUCAAGCCUCAGGGUCGGCAAGACGCUCGUGACACUCCGCGAAAUGAAAACACUUGUAGAUUCGGCAAAGCAAAACUCCCUAUAUUGACGGUCUCGUGUACACCUUUAUUCACUUCCUGACGUCCUACUUUCCUUCCUCCUAGCUUUCUCCCUCCUAGCUUUUUGGCGUCCGCCCUUAACACUGGACGACGCCUCCCACGUUCUUAAGGACUAGUCCUACCUUAUACACGCUACUUUUCUUCACUGCUUCUGGGGCCCCGCGCACUGCACGCCUACGCUGCCGCUCCUUUCGCCUGUCUACUAGCUCCUUCUCUCCUUCCUGGGCCAGGGGGCGGGCAAUUCUUCUCCUUCCUUCUCUCUCGUUGGCUGCAGCCUCUCGCGGACCUUCCUUCUGUCCCGUGCGCCCCUCGAGUGUGGUGACGGACUCGAGGCUUCAGUGAUCCGUAGAGUCACUGGAAAAAGCCUGGGUUCGUCGGCGCGCUUGGUGGUUGUAUCGGGUACAAGGGUGAUGCGGACGCACUACAAAAAGUUGAGUAGGGUCUACGCUGCGGUGUGGCUCCAAAAGAUACCGCAAAGUUCGGUUUUAAAAUAAAAACCGCGAGGUCCUGUGGGCACAAUGGGAGAAUCGCGAUGGCGGGUUAAGCACUAUACGGAUGGGCUAGGUUCGGGGUAUUGUUACGGAAUUUACCUGGAUGUCCGGAUUGCUCCAACUUCUCCACUUUCCUUUUCUCCUUCUUUCCACUUUUCCGUGCUUUCAACUCUUUCUAUUAACUUCUCCCACUAGACUUCCUGCCAACUUUACUUUUCUUCAACAAACUUUCCUUCUACCAACUUUUCAAAUGACUGUUGUCUCUGAAGAUCACCAGGCUAAUGAUCCUCCGUUUUGAAGAUCGUUGACCCCGAACCAUUGGCCAUUGACCCGUCGUAAGUACCGAAGUUCCUCCUCAUCAUGGCCACCCAGUUCGCCUCCCAUGGCCGCCCAUUUCGCCACCCCCAUGGCCGCCCAUUCGUGCAGUCCUGUGCAGCCUGGUGGUGACUAGCGGAACUACCGUCGUCCUUACAUGGGUCAGUGUAGUGACGGCUGCGUGCGUGGGAUUUCGGGACGUGAUACUUAACCUAACUACAAACGUUUUCUUUUUUUUUAACAAAAUUUAACGAAUACUAAACGCGACAAAUCUCAUCAAUACUGGACGUUACACUGACACUUGUUACACUCUCCUCCCGCUCGGGUAAAAAAAUAUUAGUGAAGCUAAUAUUUUUUUUGUUUAAAAACACUUAACACCGCGACAACUUAACACGUACCUCUGAACCUGAACUUCACAAACUUCGUUGACAGACACUUAUUUUUUUACAAUGAAAGCAACAAAAUCUUGACACAUUGCUCCACUCCUUCAAUUUCAAAAAUCCACUUGGGUAAGAGAGCAUUUUAUUUCAGCACAGGUAUGGGACGGGGUCAUAAGGCAUCAUCGUUGGAUUUUCCAACUCCACGCAAUUUAAAGGUAAAACCUUCUACUGACCAUCAGCGUACUAAGACUCCGGUCUCCAACGUACCCAAAAGUGCUAAUUUUAUUGACCAACAUUGAUGAGAAACGAUUUAAAAAUAUUUACAACAAGUUAAAAUUAUGUAUUUUACAAAUUAAAAACCACAAAAACGAAUUAAAACUUUUCUAAAAAAAAACUACUAUUUUAAUGAGCAUGCUAAAAUUGAUAAAACAUGCAAAAAAAAUUAAACUAAAUUCCGGAAUUACUAUUUACAAAAACAACGUUGCAGAGUCACCCUCUACUACAGUAUGAAAUGUUUUAGUACAAUGAAAUAUUUCCAGUGUCGGAGUUCACUGUUGAUCGGCCGAUCUUUUGUACUAUUUCUAACGUGCGAUACUGUUAUCAUGAUCAACUGUGUGUGCAUACUUCGGGAAGAUCGAGCUAUCAAACAAGGCUAUUGUUGAAAAAUGGUAAGUGUCCAAUGUGGUUCUCGUUGGGAAAAAUAUGAAAAUGGGCAUUUUAGUGCAUUAUUUUAUCAUUUUAAUGACAUUUCGUCGACGAAAGUUUGGUCAAAUGAUCAUUUUAAUGGUUGAAUGUUGCUAAAUAGCCUACUAUUCAAGUAUUUUCCUAACUAGAAGCUCAUUAAGAUACUCGGCAUGAGGCAUGAUACCAGGUAAGUACCUCUUUAUUGAUUCUUGUGAACCGUUGAGCUAUUGUGAACGUAUGAAUUGGUUGUUCUUACUAUGUCCGGUCUUUUAAUUAAUGUUCUAAAUGUUGUUUAUGACUAAAUCUGGCCUACUUAAAUAUGUUGAACCUCCUAAAUCUACCAUGCUCGCUUUCAUUUACCAUUGACAAUGCAACCUUAGACUGGUUCAAAAUUAGGUUUGCAAGCUCAAUAACAGAAUGCAAAUUGCAUGUUAAAAUUUUUCUAGAACACAAAAAUUUUUCUAACAACAAAUUAAAAUAAGUUAAAACAAAUUUAAAAAAAUACACGUUAAAAUUCAACAUCACAAAAUUAUUAAAAUAUUCUACGAUUUCCUAGGAUUUUUAUUACUGCCUGACAUUCGUGGCGGUUAACGUUUGAAUGGACAGAUUAAUGGGUGGAUGCAUCUGCAGCUGCAUUCCACUGAAUGGGUCUAUUUGUUCCCUCCUCGAAUAAGGAUUAUCCAAAUGGCAUCUGACGUGGUUUCCAGAUGAGGCUUUUACGGAAACCUGGUCGUUAACCAAUUUGACCUCCUGAUCCUCAGGAACCAAACGCACCACAGAGAUUUGCCGUUUACGCCUUCAAAUCUGCCGACGAAAAUACGCCAAGCGACUUGCCAUUCAGGUCGGAAACUUCAUAGGAGCUCGUUCCCUUCUUGGCUACAACGAUGCAGGGAGUGUAGACUGGCCCGAGCUUGGCGUUGUAGUCGUGACCAGCCGAGGAUUGUCGGAAUGACCUUUUAUACACUCGCUGUCCUACAUCGAAGGUUGGUGAGUACCUUUUAUGGCGCAAAUCGUAUUGCCUUUUUGUACUCUCAUGAGUCUUUUUUAGGUUUUGGAUGACGGUUUCCCAAACCUUCUUCGACACACCUCUCAUCCUCUCCAUGCGAUCUUCAUCGCUCUCUGUGGGUGUCCUCGUCAACGGCUUCGACGGAUUGGCUAAACGUCGGACGAAUGCCAAAUUUACGCCAAAAAUCGUACCCUAGGAUGCAUCUGCGAUUGAGUUUUGGAGCAAUCACUACGGGUAAGAUCUUCGUCUCUCCGUUGAAACUAAAUGGAAUGUCUACUGCACCUAUUACUUCUAAGUUCUCUCCUGCUGCUGUUCUCAGGUUCGUGUUCGUGGGUUUAAUUUUCAGCUUUAGCGAACUAAUCAGUUUUCUACUCCCUACACCUAACACAGUCCUCUCUGCCCCGCUGUCUAACAACCCAAUCACAGGAAUACCUAGAAUCUCGACCUUUGCAAAUGGUCUCGGAUCGUUACUCAGAGUGACAAUGGUGGCAAUCUCCUCACAAACUGAGUGAUCCCCGAGUACCUGCUCAUAGCCGAGUUCGUUUAAUAUUUCUGGAGGAUUUGACGCGAGAUUUUCAUGAGGACUUUUAAAGUUGAGUGGGAGACUGGCUUGCCUCAUUGAGCAGUCUCUUGCAGGUUUUUUGCCUGACAGUAAGGGCAGUUUUUCAAAGUGAAUCCAGGGAACCCACAUUUGAAACAAAAAGUAUGUUUCUCUUUCGGACAUUCCUCAAAACCGUGAUCAUUUUCAUGGCAAUUGAAGCAAAUGCCCUUUUUAAUUGGAAUGUAUGCCUUGACUAUACGCUGCAAGGCAUUCGAACCACUCGGUCCAGGAACUGGACUUUUCUGUCUUUGAGGGUUCUGUGGUUUCCCAUCAGAUUUUUCUACUUUUUUGUACUCUUCCCUCUUGUGAUGUUCCUGUCCUGAAUCUCGUUGUUUCCAAAAACUCUUCUGUCCAUUUCCUUUACUGAACUUCUGUUCAAACCUGCCUGCUUCUUUUCUUCUAUCCUGUUCGUCUCUUCUGUAUCUGUCUUGUCGGUUUGGGAAAUUCUGUCGGUGGUUGUUAAUCUCGUCUACCCGAAUCGGCCUAUUUGGGAACCUAUCGUUUCUCUGGUAUAGUUGCCAGUUAAUUGCGUCAAACUUCUUACCGAACUCUUUCAUUUUAGGUACGUCGUUUACACCGGCCGCAAGCAUGGCGAUACGGACGUCCUCACGCGUAUUGCGGAAGAGCACAUCAAACUUGCGCCUAUCGUCCCAGGAACUGGACAUACCGCGGAAAAUACGGACCAUGUCCAAGUAAUAGUCCUGAAACUUUUCCUUGGCACCCUGUUUCCGGUUGUACGCCUGUCGUUCGUAUACGUAAUCGAUGUCAAUCGAUUUACGCAUGUUAACGAAUCAACUAAAAAUGCAGAAAGACAAUUCGUAGCUUACAUUUUUAUGGAAAUAAGAGGAAAUUCUCAAAGGAACAUUUUUCGUAAUAAACUACUCCAAAUAGAGAACAAUGUUUAAUUUUAUGAAGAAACAGCCAGUAGUUUGUGAAGAUCGAGAUGAAAAGGAUCGAAGGAAGCAAGAAAAAAAAGUGCGGAGAGAUAACACAUCCGUUGCUGCAGCAGGAAAUAUGAGUUGCGAAGAAUUAUUGCGGCUUGAUGAGGUACGGAAAUCAUUGAGAGUUAGAAGUCGCCGAAAGGCAAAGGAAAGACUACCAAGUGGCAUCACGGCAGAUUACAGUGCUUCGUUUUUUGCUCAUCUUGAUGUUGUUCGUGAACUGGAUCGGGGAAAUGAAGAAAUAAUUGCAGUAGCCAACACAACUACAUACAUCAGCGAUAGAGAGCAAAAUGUCCCCAGUAACAUCUUACUACCAGACAGUUUUGAAUCCCCUGUUUGUCCCGUGACUGUUAAACAGGUGAUAGCCUCUAACCCGAAACACUCACAUGUGGCCACUUCUCCAUCCUCUAGUGUUGGCAGCUUUACCGAUACAUCGAAUUCGUCAUUUGCGACACCAACAUUCUCCAUAAGUCCAGUAGGAGGAUGGCAUCGAUGGCCUCAAGCUUUUGAAGAAUUAACUCUACCAUUGCCGCCAAUAGAUUUUGUAAAAUUGCCUCCAGUACGGGAAUUGGUUCUAAAACGGCAAAAAUCACCUAGGAAUGAUUUUGGAUUUAGUCUACGGAAAGCCAUGAUUUUGGACACAAUACAAAGUUUAACAUCUCCUAAAUUUCAAUCAAUCAUUUUUGCUGAACCUAGUAUCAGUAUCAAAGUAUCAACAGGUUUACUGCCAGGCGAUAGACUUUUGAAAGUAAAUGGAUUUCCUGUAGAGGAAAUGUCUCGAGAGGCAAUUAUAGAUAUGAUACGAAAUUGUGGGGAUAGUGUAACGGUACAGGUACAGCCUGUUGCAGAACUUGUGGAACUUUCACGCCGUUGUAUAAUGGAUAGUGAUUAUGAUAAAGAAGCGAAUGAAAUGAUGGAGUUCAAUACAUUGAAAAGAAGUGCAAAUAAUCGUCUUCGCACAGCUAUGUUGAACCCAGAGCACAUUUUAAAAAAUGCUGAUAAUGUAAAUACAGGAAACAAGGCAUGGAUAAUUCAUCAAAAAGGGUUCACAGCAGCAUGGAAGAUUUCUACAGAAUCGGACAGGACGGUGGUGCAGCUAGAUUGUAAUGGAGAAACACUAACAUUUGAUGAUGGAGAUAUUGAGAGUGCCAAUCCUGAAUCAUUAAAUCUAGUGGAAGACAUAUGUCAACUAAUACAUCUUAACGAAUCGUCGGUGUUACACGUCUUACGGCAACGGUUUGCUAAUAACUUGAUACAUACAAAUGCUGGCCCUGUUCUAUUGAUUUUGAAGCCCAUUGCGUCAUUAUCACUCUAUUCAGAAAAGAUUGCUUCUAUGUUUUGUGGGUGUAAAUCCGAAGACUUACCGCCUCAUAUAUUUUCACAAGCGCAAACUGCAUAUCGUGAAAUGCUAGAAACGCGUCGUGAUCAAAGUUUGAUUUUUAUGGGACGAUCAGGAUCCGGUAAAACUACUAGUUUAAAACACGCUUUGUACUAUUUAUCGUUAGCAGCAGGUUCCAACAAAAAAGUGCUAACUGUGGAAAAAGUUAGCGCUCUAAGUGUCAUUUUGGAAGCAUUUGGAAAUGCACAAUCCUAUUCUAAUAAAAAUGCAACAAAAUGCACACAAAUUAUUAAUUUAGAUUUCGAUCAUUGUGGACAAAUAGCUUCUGCUUCGGUACAAAUAUUACUAUUAGAAAGAAUAAAAAUAAUAAGACAAAUCGAAAGUGAGCAGCAAACAUUCCACGUAUUCACGCGGUUAUUACUUGGUUCUGAAAAUCAUCUUCGGAAAGAACUUUAUUUAGAAAAUGAUUACUUUGAAAACAAUAUUUUCAUAAAGCUUCCAAAUAAACUCGAAGACAAACAAAAAGCGUCAUCCGAUUUUGCCAAACUACAACACGCCUUCAACGUACUUAACAUAGACCCGUCUACAGUAAAAGCAAUUUGGAAUGUUCUCGCUGCAAUAUUUCAUUUGGGAAAUGCCGGCUAUACGAUAACAGGCACAGAAACAAAACGAGUGCAAUUUGCCGACCCAUCACAUGCCAGGAAUGCAGUCACUUUGUUAGGAACUACAAUGGAAGAAUUAGCAGACUCAUUAUUUUCAAAUGUAAUCACAACGAAAUCACAGCAACAGGAAGUGCAAGAUUUAUUAGAACCAGCAUUGAAUAAUUUAGAAGCACUUGUGGUCGGAUUGUAUUCUGAAACUGUAUCUGCAAUCGUAGCAUUAGUGAACAAAGCAUUUAUGACAUCUAAUGCAACCAUUGCAUCUAUUCUAUUAGUCGAUACACCGGGUUUUCAAAAUUGCAUGAAUUAUGGUGUACAAACCGGAGCAUCACUAUCCGACCUAAAAAACAAUUACUUGCAAGAACGCCUGCAGUCUUUAUUCCACUAUGUAUCCCUGGAUUUACCUCGUAAUCGAUAUGCGCAAGAACUAGUAGAAAUAGAAUCAGAUCCUCUUCAUGAAACAUGCUCAACUCCGUUAAUAAAUUUACUCGAUAAAACACCACAAACACAUUUUGUGUGCACAUCGCAGAACAGUCGGGAGCCAGAUAAACGUGGUCUGUUUUGGUUGCUGGACGAAGAAGUUAUGUAUCCUAAUGCCAGUGAUGACACAUUUUUGGAGAGAUUGUUUUCAUUGCAUUUUGAUCGCGAAAGCCACAUGCUCUUGAAAAAAGGAAUAAAGAAGCGUCAUUUUAUUCUACAACAUCUGCAAGGAACAAAUCCAGUAACCUACGAUUCGUCCGGAUGGCUUAAGGAAAGUCAUAAGAAUUCAUCAGCCAUUAAUGCUUCAAGUUUACUUCAGGCAAGCUCCAAAACAGAAAUUAGUAGCCUCGCUACUAUUUGCUAUAGACGCAGUGGAGGGACAGUUCGUUUUAGCUCUGUUAUUUGUACAGAAGACAAUCAGUCAUUGCGGCGUAUUUCAAGUAUAAGACGUUCAUUUGCAUCAAAAGGAAUAAAGCGAAAUUCAUUAAUAAUGCAGGUGAAAUUUACGGUUGAUAGUAUUAUUGAUACCUUAAGGCGGACUAAAACACAUUUCACGCAUUGUUUUAUAUUCCAUAAUCAAUCUGGAAUAUCGGAGUACACGAAUUCAAAUACCAAUGUAAUACGGAACGAAGACAUUUCAUUACUACGAAGUCAGUUACGAGGUUCACAGGUCUUACAAUCUUCACGCUUGUACCGUUCUGGUUUUCCGAUAAGUGUACCAUUAUCGGAAUUCACACGCCGUUUUGGAUUACUUGGUGAUAUGAAUGAUGAAUUGACUGUACAAAAUAUUUUAAACAUCAAUGAAAUAGACUCGUCCGUUUAUCGAAUUGGUACUAGUCAGGUGAUGUUUCGCCCUAACGUUCUGAGCCGCCUUGAAGCAAAACGUGACGAAUUACUUUCCGGCCGGAUUACACAACUGCAGGCUUUCUGUCGAGGUUAUCAGGCACGAAGACGGUUAACGCGAAGGCGCUUUCAGGAAUUAGCUGUGCAAUGUAUUCAGCGAAAUGUCCGCGCCUUUCUUGAAGUGAAGGAAUGGCCAUGGUGGCGAUUACUUGUCAAAGUUACACCAUUGUUAAAUGUUCAUCGUACCGAAGAGCAACUCGAAGUUGCGAAUAAUGAGCUGCAACUAUUAAAAAAACGGGUUGAGAAGAUGGAAAACGAACGCAGCAAACUCAAAGCAGACAACGAAAGACUGGAGCUAAAGCUUUGUGAAGUUGCUUCUGAGCUCACUGAGGAGCAUUCGUCAUCAAAUUUAAUGAGUGAGAGAUUAGAAGCAGAAACGAAAAAAAGAUUGAGACUUGAAAAAGAUGUUAAGGAGCAACAAAUUAAAUAUAAAAGCUUGCAAGAAUCAACCGAAAAAAUGGAAAUGGAAUUAUUAUGUGCUCAAUCUGAUUUGAAUGGAGAUUUAAAUGACGAAUUAGAAAACGAUGAAGUUGGAGUAAACUUGUACCGAAUAAAAUAUGAACGAGCCAUGCGUGAAUUGGAAUUUAUAAAAAAACGAGCACUAGCACAACACGAGCACGAUCUGGAGCAACUUAUAGGAUUGAAAAAACAAUUGGAGAAAAAGUUAUCUGAUGCAUACGAGGAUGUUGAAGAACAACGGCAGGCGGUCGGGGAAUGGAAGCGUAAGGCGCAAAAAAUGACCAACGAAAUGAAUGACUUACGCAUGCUGUUAGAUGAGCAGUGCAGUAGGAACAAUUCGCUGGAAAAACGUCAUAGAAAGUUCGAUUCGGAGUUUCAAGCUUUACAGGACAUUGUUCGUCAAGAAAGACAGGCUCGUGAGCGACUAUCCAGAGAGAAGGAUUUCCUUUUUGCUGAGAAAUCAACGCUUGAACAAAAUCUUUCGGAUGUUCGGCUUGAACUUGAACUGAAAGAUGAAAAAUAUAGCAUGUUGCAGCAAGAGUUAGCAGAAAUGACUUUCGAUGGCGUCACAGAGGAAGAAAUAGCACAUUUAAAGCGUCAAAAGAUGGAACUUCAGCGUCGAUGCAAAGAACAAGAAGAAGAUAUUGAUGAAAUGGCAGCGCAAGUUCAGAUGCUGGAACAAGUUAAAUUACGCCUAGAAAUGUCUCUGGAAACUAUCAGAAAGGAAUCCAGAAAAGAGGCUCAGCAGCGAGAAGAUGAGAUUGAAGAAAUACGUAGUAACUGUUACAAAAAAAUUAAGUCUUUGGAAUGUCAAGUAGAGCAAGAGCACGAAGAAAGGACCCUAAUUUUGAAAGAAAAACAUGAAUUAGAACGACGUUUACGAGCCAUCGAAGAAAAUGAACGAGCAGAACAAGCGGCAGAAGAAACGAUAAUACAAAAACUAAAGCGAGAUAUCAGGAAAAAUAAAGCACUGCUUCGUGAUGCACAGUGUCAAUUGGAAUCUACAAAAAAUGAGUCUAUAUUGAAAACUCAACUACGUCAGUUACGACAUCAACUAGAAGACGCUGAAUUUACACGAUGUGCAGCUGUGAAAGCUCGUAAAUUAGCGGAAAACGAACUACAAGAUGUACAACAGGUUCUCGAGGAAACUCAACGUGCACGUGUUGAUGCCGAAGAGAAAGCUACCAUGACUUUGCGUGAGCGAAAUGAACUUCAAGCUCAAAUAGAUGAGAAUGAAGAAGAAAUGGCUGAGUUAAUUAAAAAGUAUAGCGCCACAGUUAAACAGUUAAGCAGUGAUCAAAACAUUAUAGCCGACUAUGAUAUACGAGUUUCUGAGUUAGAAUCAGAAAAUAAAUCUCUCAAGGAAAAUAUUUUGGAUUUGACAUCGCGGUUAGCAAGUGUAGAAAGUGGAGGUGAACCUUGCUCUAAUAUUCAAGGAAAGCGUUUAGAAUUGCGCAACAAAGAACUGGAAUCACGGCUAGAAUUUGAACAAGCUACACGUGUUAGAAUUGAAAUGCAAUUAAGUCGCCACAAAGAGUCUCUUGAAAAGGCUCAAAAUGAGUUGAGCCAAAUUCGCAGCAAAGAAAUAAAUGCACAGGAAGCAUUAAAAAAAUCACAUAAAUCCAUACGUGACUUGCGUGAAGAAAUAGGCACAUUGGCGAACAAAGAACAAGAAAGUCAUUCAAAGCAAAAAUCUAUCGAAAAGCAAUUUGAAUCGUUAGAGGCAGAAUGUAAUUCAACCCGAGCUGAUCUACGGUUGGCCCUGCAGCGAAUUGCUGAUCUACAGCAAGCAAUGGACGAUGAUUGCUCAUAUUGUUCCGAAAGUGAAACAGAUGAAUCAAUUAAUUCUGAAAUCGAUUAUAGCAAUCACAGCACAACGUAUAUAUCACAUCAUCCAAAGAAACCUGAAAAUUACAUAGAUACCGACGGUAACAAAGAUGAGGGAAAAUGAAAUCAAAGGAAUUUAUUAAGAGCCGCUGAAUCGUUUACACCAAUAAUAACAAAGUUGCAUUAUUAACAGAAUGGAAGUAAUGAGCCAUUUUACGAGACGUUUUGGAUCAGCUGAUCUCUCAUUUCAUGAAUGAAAAUUUGACAGGAGGUUGCGCCCAAGCCCGUAAGUGUUAAUAUCAAUAUCAACACUGUUGUCGUUUAGACUAUUAUUCAAUUUCAUAAAAUAAAUAAAUAGUCGAGCACAAAACAAAUUGGAUCACCGA